GGCACGGGGUCGAGGGCCAUCACGAGCACUUCCGCUCGAUCUGCAAGUUGGCCGCGUCGGAUUGGGGGGUGCAGGAGCAUUUCCAGUUGACGUUGCAGAUCAAGCAGGCCCUGUGUGCAGACAUGCUCGACGGGACCAACCUUGUGUCGAUCGAGACAAAGUUUCGGAGCUUCGCGGGGCCGGGGGCGGCUACAGCGUCGUGGAGUCGCCCCGUCGGAAGCCGUGGCCCCGCGCUCGUCUCCUUGCCCGACGGAGCUGCGCCACCGGUGCCGCUCGCGGACGUGCGGGGCGAUGGCGGGAGAUCCAAGGUCGAGCACUUCGUUCAAAGGAACGCGCUGCCAGCCGACGUCGCGACCGCUCGACUUGAGAGCUGCUCUGUCAAGGCCCCCCACUCCGAUCCUCGGCUCAGGCGCAGCAACGUCGUCUUCACCGACCCCUCUCCCGUCGCCCUGCCCACGGGUGACCCCAUCGCUUCGUUCGAGCUCGACGACCCUGAGGGCGUCUUCACCGUCGAGGGCGUCGACCUGAAGGGCGCCUUCUACCACCUCGAGCUGCCCGAGCAGCUCAGGCGCUUCUUCGCGACGCGGCCCGCCCUGGCGGGCGCCGCGGGAGCGUCCGAGGUCGAUGGCCACAAAGUCGCCCCGUCGGCCAAGGUCUACCCCAGGCUGCGGGCGGUGCCGACGGGGCGGUCGCGGGCCCUGUGGCGGCGCCAGUCCAUCAUGGAGCGCGUGUCCGAGCACGUCGGCUGUCCCGAGCCCCGGCGGCUUCGUGGCGGUUGGCCUGCCCCCAGCCUCGCCGAGCUCAGUCGCUUCCAGUACGCGGGCAACUUCGCGAGCCUCGGCUUCGACUGCGAGGCCGUCCGCGCGGCGGUCUCGCGGGCGGCGGCCGAGCUGGGCCGCUUCGGCCUCGCGGUGGCAAACGCGAGGGAAACCGCCGAGGGCGCCUGCAGCGUCCUGGGCUGGGACCUCGCGGGCACGGGGAGGCCUUCGGCCUCCCGGGCGCGACUGCGGAGGGCCCGCCUCGCGAUCAGGCGCCUGCUACAGCGCGGCCGCUGUCGCGGGUCUGACUUGGAGAAGGUGCUGGGCCACUUCAUCUUCAUCGCCCUUGUGCCGCGGGAGGGCCUCUCUCUCUUCGAGGCCUGCCCCAGGUUCGCGCAGACGCCCUGCCGCGCGGAGGUGGCCCUGCCCAAGGCCGUGCGAGCCGAGCUCUGCGCCCGGGACGGGCUGGCGCCGCUGCUCUGGCGGGACUUGCGUGCAGGCUUGUCCACGGACGUCGGGGCCGUCGACGCCUCGCCUUGGUGCUUGGGGGCUUGCCAGGCGACCUGGUCGGCCAGUGCGGUGAGCUACGUAGGCCGCUUCUGCGAGCGCCGGCGCUUCGGGCGGGCCGAGAGGCCGCUUCCGCGCCGGCGCGCUCAGGCGGCCAGCCGGCGAGCGCUGGGCCAGGCCAUCGCCGCCGAUGUGGGAGACCCCGCCUCGGGCGGCCCAGGUCUCGCCGCCUUCGGGCCGCCUGCCGAGCGCCAGGCGGCCCGGCCCGUCGGGCCACCCCUGGAGCGCGAUCUCGUAGAAUUCCCAGAG